AUGCAUAGCAUUAGUUUUCUGAAAUUCAUGAAUCUGGCUGUUCUUAUAAUUUCUUCAGUAUUGUCCGAGAGGGCAUUGGAGGCGAAAAAAUUGCACGAUUCUAUCUCAAUUUCUACAAGACAAAUGGACAUUACAACUCCACUAACAACAGUUCCAACAGCCAAUCCCUUUACUCCCACCACCACCAGUCCAGUGCUAAAUCCAACAGUUUCUGGUCCCGACUCGCCUAGCGUAAUGAAUCCAGCUAAUCCCGUAAUGACGCCAGCCGCCACUACAACCACCCCGUCAGGUGGCAGUUGGUGUGUUGCUAGCCAAUCUGUGUCACAAACAGCAUUACAAGUUGCACUAGACUAUGCUUGUGGCUAUGGUGGCGCUGAUUGUUCGGCAAUUCAGCCCGGUGGCAGCUGCUAUAAUCCAAUCACAAUACGUGAUCAUGCCUCGUACGCUUUUAAUAGCUACUAUCAGAAGAAUCCAAUCCCCACUAGCUGCAAUUUUGGUGGUACUGCUGUAACCACCAGCACUGACCCAAGUUAUGAUACAUGUCAAUUUCCAUCAAUUAGCACGAGUUCAUCGGUAUUGAAUACGACCAAUUCAAGUGGAUCACGAGUUUUUGGCGCUGGACCAAUCAUCCCGGCUAGCUCAGCGCCCGCCAUUCCAAGAAGUUUACCUGAUUUUCACUAUAUCUUGGAAUCUUUUCUCCACGAUGGUGGUUUCCAGCAAGGAAGUAGGUUUGUACUUUACUUGAAUCCUUCCAUUAUGGAAGAGCAAAAUUUCGAACAUGCCAUUUUUUUUAGCAUUGCAUCAAGAUCAAGUGUUUUUAUCGCUGAGUUGAACCCGGCAAAGCCUGAGCCACCAGCAUCCACCACCAUGUGCUGGAAGCAUGAUGACAUUAGUGUGGUGGCGGAAUUGUUGAAUUACUCUGAACACAAUCGACCGGGAUUUAUUAGAAGAUUAAACCAAGCAAUGAAAUUGGUUCGCUCGAGGGAAGAAUGUAUUCUGAAAUAG